AUGAAACUGCGAACCCUGUGUGAAACUCACUGGACAAGUAGAGCUGACGCAUUGCUUACCUUUCUAAGGGCCUUUCCCGUUGUUGUCCGCGCCUUAGAGCAUCUACAGGAAAACGGUGAUGUCAAGGCAGGGCAGCAUUUACAUACCAUUCUUAAAUGGGACUUCAUUAUUGGUCUUGUGGUGUGCGAGCAUAUCCUACAGUCAACAGUGUUCUUGUCAACAUUCCUACAGAACGUUUCCUGUGACUUGAUGGAAGCUGCCAGAGAAAGUGAAGUAGUGAUUAACACUCUAACAAACGAGAGGAAUGACCCAGAAGUAUGGAAUGCUCUGUUUGAGAAGGCAUCUGAUGUGGCCGGACAUUUCGAUGUUAUUCCUUCAAAGCCGAGAACGGCUGGUUUACAGAGGCACAGACACAACGUACCCGCCGAAUCUCCCACGGAAUACUGGAAGAGGUCAUUAUACAUUCCAUUCAUGGACCAUAUGACGCUGGAAAUUACAGACAGACUCCUCGGUGGAACCGUGCAAGAUCGAUUCCUUGCUCAGUACCUUGUUGCAAGCUCUAUACAUCGUAUCACACUGGACAUCAAAGGAAGACUGUUCGAUGCGUUCGCACAGUAUCUAACACCACAUGACCAACAUGUAUUCAACGCAGAAAUGCGUAGUUGGGAAACUAAAUGGAACGGAGCCGAUGUAAGCAUCAUAAAGCCUACAACGCUACAGGAUACCCUUAAAGAAUGCAAUUGGGAUCUGUAUCCGCGCAUCUCUACCAUGAUCAGGGUUCUUCUUACUAUGCCCGUUUCCACUUCUAUCGCUGAACGUUCAUUCAGCUCUCUUCGGAGGAUCAAAACCUACUUACGAAGCACUAUGGGUCAAGGAAGACUCUCUGAUUUAUCACUGUUGUAUAUCCACAGAGACCAGCAGAUCGAUAUCAACAGCGCGAUAGAGCAGUUCGCUACCGAUAAAAAAGAGGUGCCAGUUUUGGAUAUUGAGUGUAUUCAGUGA